AAGAAAUGGCAGCGAUACAGUUGACAUCAUCUACAGUUUCAGCGAAUGAGUUUGCAUCAUUUGAAGGGCUGAGGCAAAAUUCUGUAAAAGUUUCAUCCUUUUCACCUCUUAAGCAAAAUGGGCUCUCCCUCAGGUCAUUCCGUGGACUUGUUAAGGCUGCAACUGUUGUUUCACCCAAGUACACUGCUCUAAAGCCCUUGGGCGAUAGAGUUCUAGUGAAGAUUAAGACUGCAGAGGAGAAGUCGACGGGUGGUAUCUUGCUACCAACAGCAGCACAAACGAAACCACAGGGAGGUGAAGUAGUUGCCGUUGGAGAGGGUCGAACAAUUGGAAAGAGCAAGGUGGACAUCAGUGUGAAGAAUGGCACCCAAGUUGUGUACUCCAAGUAUGCGGGAACAGAAGUCGAGUUCAAUGGAUCGAAUCAUCUCAUUUUGAAGGAGGACGAUAUUGUGGGAAUCCUUGAUACUGACGACGUCAAGGAUAUGAAGCCCCUGAACGAUAGAGUUCUCAUUAAGGUAGCUGAGGCUGAAUUGAAAACUUCUGGUGGCUUAUUGCUAACGGAGGCAAGCAAGGAGAAGCCAUCAAUUGGCACCGUGAUUGCAGUAGGGCCUGGUUCCCUCCUCACUUCUAGGGCAGCCUGGGCAGGAGUGAAUUCUUUCUGUAAAGGUUUAAAGAGAGAAUUCAGUGUUUUAUCUUCAUCGCUUCUUGUUUUCGGUCUCCGAGUAAAAUUGUGA